AUGUCGGAAAUGAGAGCAGUCGUGGUCAAGGGUGGCAGGGGCCCGGCGGAUGCCAUGUCCAUCGAACAGAUCCCAAAACCAACCCCCUCAGUGGGUCAGGCAUUGAUCAAGAUCAAGGCUUUUGGACUGAACCGCAUGGACCUGUUGCAGAGAGAGGGUCUGUACCCUCUUCCGCCGCAGGCCCCAGAGACCAUGGGUGUCGAAUUCUCCGGCACGGUGGAAUCGGUCGCCGCUGGCACGGAAAGCGACUUCAAGGCGGGCGAUGCUGUGUUCGGUCUUGCGUAUGGAGGAGCGUAUGCGGAGUACAUCGUCGUCGAUACAGGCAUGCUGGUCCAUAAACCCCGGGAGCUUUCAUGGGAACAAGCUGCCUGCGUUCCAGAGACCUGGAUCACUGCAUCGCAAGCCCUCCACAUCAUCGGGCAAUUUCAGCCCGGCCGCUCCGUACUUUGGCACGCCGGCGCCUCAUCCGUCUCUAUCUGCGGUAUUCAACUCGCCAAAGCAGAGGGCGCCAAAGCCAUCUAUGCGACAGCUGGCUCCCAGGAAAAAUGUGAUUUUCUCGUUAAGGAACUUGGUGUGACAGCCGCCUUCAACUACAAGACCCAAGACUGGGCUGCGGAGAUCAAGAAGGUCACGGAUGGGGUGGGCGUUGAUUUGAUCGUUGACUUUGUCGGCGCAAACUACUUUCAGGGGAAUCUGGACGUCGCGGCGCGCGAUGGCCGCAUUGUCAUGCUAGGCUUGAUGAGCGGGCGGAAGUUGCCGACUGGUGUGGACAUUGGCGGACUGCUGUUUAAGCGACUUCGCGUCGAGGGCAGUACGCUUCGCAGUCGGGAGCUGGAAUAUCAGCGGAAGCUUAGAGAUUCCAUGGUGGAGCAUGUUGUGCCGAGGCUGACGGAUGGGACCUUCAAGGUGUUUGUUGAGAAGGUGUUUCCCUUUACCGAGAUUGCCGAAGCUCAUAAGCUGCUGGAGAGUAACCAGACGAGGGGCAAGUUGGCAUGUGUCAUAUAA